AAAGCGGCGAAGGUCACGGCGCGAGCAGGCGCGCGCCGCCGCCCCGCGUCCUGCUUGCGGCCCGCGGCCAUCGGCCCCCGCCACCCAGCGGCCCACGGCCCGCCGCCCGCAGCCCGCGCGGGGAGCCAUGGAGGGAGUGAGCGCGCUUCUGGCCCGUUGCCCCACGGCCGGCCUGGCCGGCGGCCUGGGGGUCACGGCGUGCGCCGCGGCCGGCGUGCUGCUCUACCGGAUCGCGCGGAGGAUGAAGCCGACGCACACCAUCGUCAACUGCUGGUUCUGCAACCAGGACACGGUGGUGCCGUACGGGAACCGCAACUGCUGGGACUGUCCGCACUGCGAGCAGUACAACGGCUUCCAGGAGAACGGCGACUACAACAAGCCGAUCCCCGCCCAGUACCUGGAGCACCUGAACCACGUGGUGAGCAGCGUGCCGGGGCCCCGCCCCCCCGCGCAGCCGCAGCAGUGGGUGAGCAGCCAGGUGCUGCUGUGCCGCAGGUGCAGCCACCACCAGACCACCAAGAUCAAGCAGCUGGCCGCCUUCGCACCGCGUGACGAGGGCAGGUAUGACGAGGAGAUCGAGGUGUAUCGGCACCACCUGGAGCAGAUGUACAAGCUGUGCCGGCCCUGCCAGGCGGCCGUCGAGUACUACAUCAAGCACCAGAACCGCCAGCUGCGUGCCCUGCUGCUCAGCCACCAGUUCAAGCGCCGGGAAGCCGACCAGACCCACACGCAGAGCUUCUCCUCCGCGGCGAAGGCCCCGGUCCAGGUCAUUGUGCUCCGCGCCCUCGCCUUCCUGGCCUGCACCUUCCUGCUGACCAUCGCGUUCUAUGGCACCAGCAACCCCUUCGCCCCAGAGGCCAUCCUGCCCCCGGCCCUGCCGCCUGGUGGCAACAGCUCGGCCACCCCUGACAACGGCACUGCCCCCGGGGUCGACGGCUGGCAGCAGCUGCUGGGUCUGCUGCCUGAGCACGCGGCAGAGAAGCUGCGGGAGGCCUGGGCCUUCGGGCAGAGCCACCAGAUGGGCGUCGUGGCCCUGGGCCUGCUCACCUGCCUGCUGGCCAUGCUGCUGGCCGGCCGCAUCAGGCUCCGCAGGAUCGACGCCUUCUCCACCUGCCUGUGGGCCCUGCUGCUGGGGCUGCACCUGGCAGAGCAGUACCUACAGGCCGCCUCGCCCGGCUGGCUGGAGACGCUCAAGUUCAGCACCACAUCCCUGUGCUGCCUGGUGGGCUUCACGGCAGCCGUGGCCACAAGGAAGGCGACAGGCACGCGGAGGUUCCGGCCCCGAAGGUGUUUCCCGAGAGACUCGGCCGGCCUUUUCCCCACGAGCCCCGGUCUGGCCGUGCCCUGCCCGAGCGCCACCGGCCCUUCGCCGUCUCUGUUCAUCCCCACGCCGCCCGGCUUCCUGCCGCUCGCCAGCCAGCAGCUGUUCCGCUCGCCUCGACGGGCCUCGCCCUCCUCGCUGCCGGGCCGCCUCAGCCGGGCCCUCUCGCUGGGGACCAUACCCUCCCUGACUCGGGCAGACUCAGGGUAUCUGUUCAGUGGGAGCCGCCCACCGUCUCAGGUGUCUCGAUCUGGAGAGGUUCCUGUUCCAGAUUACUUCUCUCUCCUGUCGGGAUGCUGUGCCUCGUCCCCACUCCCUUCCCCGGCGCCCUCCGUGGCCGGCUCCGUGGCCUCCAGCUCUGGCUCUCUGCGCCACCGCAGGCCCCUCAUCAGCCCGGCCCGGCUCAACCUGAAGGGGCAGAAGCUGCUGCUGUUCCCGUCGCCCCCCGGGGAGGGCCCCAACACCCCCAGCAGCUCAGACGAACCCUCGCCCCACAACGGCAGCCUCUUCCCCAUCGAGCCGCCGCACGUCCCACAGAGAUCGCCGGCGCAGGACACGAAGCUCACUGUGGACAUGAGGUCGAUGCCAGAAAGAGGCAGUGCCUGCAGCAGCCGCUCCAUCAAGAAGGAGGAUGAUUCCUCUCAGUCCUCCACCUGCGUGGUGGACACCACCACCCAGGGGUGCGUGGAGGAGGCCGCCGCCUGGAAAGGUAAAGCACCAGGCACGCUGUGAGCACCCAGAGGCCAGCACAACUGCCGGUGUCCCCAGGGGACACGCGUGUGGAGAAGAUGGAUGGACAGUCACGAGGGGAGUCUUUCUGCAAAGAUGGUUCCCUGUCUCUGGAGCCGACAGGAAAUGGGUGCUGUCCCCAGAGCACAGACCUGGGGCGGGAACCCCGGUCCGGAAGCCUGGGCGGGGUACUGCUCCUCUAAAGUGUCUCUUUUCUGUCUGUAAAGUGGGGGUCAUGCCCCCAGGCCCCCUCAUGGGGUACGAGUACAGCACACCCAGUCCUCGCCUGGUGGCACGGGCUCAGGAGACGAGGUGCCUUCCGGGAGGCAGGACUUGGCCCACUGACCCUAGAUUCAGGGGUCUUUCUGGGCAGGGAGGCUCCUGGGAGCAGGGCCUCGGGCCCCACAGCUGCAUUUCCGGUGGGCUGGGCCCGUGGGCUGCUGCACGGGGACCUUUUAACCGGGUCUCUUCGCUCUCUCUCUCAAAGGUCGUGUCGGGCCCUCCCUGGUCCGGGGCCUCCUGGCCGUGAGCUUGGCUGCCAACGUUCUCUUCACUUCGGCCUACCUGUACCAGGUCCUGCGCUGACCCGCGGUCCGCGGCCCCCAGCGCCCGGAGGGGCCUGGAGACGCCCAGGUGCACGCUGCUUUCACCACUGCCGGCCUCAGAGCCCCCCUGAGGGGCUCCGCCAUCCUCGCCAGGGCCUUUGACCUCGCUGGGCCGGUCCUGCCUUCGGGACCCCUGCACCUCACCUGGCCGACCGCAGGGCUGAGCGUGUCCGUGGGGUCACUCUCCUCCCUGCCCGUCUCCUUGGCCGAGAUCAGUUGCGUUUGGUGCUGACCCUGAUCCUGAAGCCAGGGAUCCCCGAGGGGCCAUGGGGCCCUGCGGUCCCCUCCCUGCCACCCGGCCCGCCCGGCGGGAGUGCCACUACUGUAGCUACAGCGGGAGCUGGCUGCCUCUGGACCCUGUGCUGUGGGGCUGUGCCCGCAUCUCGUACUGUAUCUCCCCAUCCCUCUGCGGCUGCCUCGGCUUCCCUGGCGGGGGGGGGGGGGGGGGGGGGGGGGGGAGGGGGAGGGGGCAGGGACGGUCCCUGUGUCAUUCGCUCUCGACCCUGCCCGGUGAAGAACAGACCCCUUGGGCAGGCCCCCUUGAGGACGGGCAUCAGCUGCCCGUGUCUCCCCCCGUUCUACCAGCCCCCUGGCUCUCCUGGGUGGGCAGGCGGGUACUUGGGGUCCCCGGGCCAGGGCCCUUCGGAGUUCCAGUGUAAGCACCCUGCUGCCCCCGGCCAGCCUCCCUUCUGCCCGCUUGUGCCCCUAUUUUAUUACCUCUCGUGACCUUCCCGGGCAGCGGCCCGUUACCCCGAGAACACUACCCAGGGCCCACCCUGCCCCGCUUCCAGGCCUGCGCCUCUGGGCCCCUCCCUCGCCCACCGCCCACAGGGGCCUUGCUCAAGCCCCCAGCCUGCACUGCAGGACGGGCCCCGUCAACCUGCAAGUCUCCAGUGAGACCACUCCCUGCCCUGCCCCUGCCCCUGCCCCCCCAUGAGCCCAGCCCCUCUCAGCCCCUGAGACCCUACUUUUCUCCCUUUCAUUCUGCUGCCUCCAUGGGCUCCGUGUGGCCUCUGUUUCCAGGCCACCUGAGCUCUCAUUCCUUCCCACUCCGCCGCCCCCUCAGGCCCUGCCACUGCCCCUACAGCCCGGCCCCCUCCCCUCCCCACCCGUGCCGGGGUCCUGUCCCGCCCCCGAGAGGAGGAAGGAGGGCCCUUGGUCUGGCACAGGGAACCCCCCCACUGCUGUGAGGAGGGAGUGUGUGUGUGCAUGUGGCCGUCUGAGCCCCGCAGCCCCUGCCACCCGGGGCCUCGCACACAGGUACCGGCAGCCUGUGUCUCACACAGGCAUGUGCACCCGGGGAGGAAUUGGCAGCCUUGGUGAAUCCUGAGACUUGGCGGCUGGGGGCGGGUGGUGGAAGGGUCUUUAUCAUUCAGGGAUAAAGUUUAAUUUUAUUUUUCUACACGUUUUUGCCAGGUAAGGCAUUUUGCUGGUAAGCAGGAUGCCCCCAGUUCUCCCUGCCAGGGAGGUUUCGUUUUUUUAAGCCUUGGGUGCUUUUUUAGUGAUUUUUUUUACCAUGUGGGGAAGGAGUCGCUCUGACUUUCCCUCGCUCCUCUUCCCCCCACUCCUGUCCUGAGAGCUGUUUCCCGCCCUGCCCCCCACCCCAGGACGUGGGGGGUGGGGGGGGCCAGGGGCCGCACCAGGACCCUGAGUCCAGCUGCCAGAGAUGAUUCCAACUCGAAGAUGGUGCUUCUUGGCCCCCAUUUGUAUAGUGGGCACGUGUGUCCAAGUUUUUAAAUUUUCUUUUUUGCCUAACAAAGCCAAACUCCAUUCCCUAGUACCCUUCCUCUGUGGCUCUGAGGAAGCCCCAAGAGUGCCCUCUCCUCUCCUCGGCCCCUCCCGCCGGGGACCGCCGGUCCCCACACCCCGCAGGGGCCGGGGAGAGGCCAAGUGGGGAGGGGGGCUUACUUAUGUUUUCUUUCAAACAAAAAAACACAACCUUAUUUUUCUUUACAAAAGCAAAAAAGAAAAAAGAAAAAAAAAAGGGAAACCAAAAAAGAUACCAACCUUUGAACUAUA